AGGCGCGGCGAAGGCAUGGAGCGGCAUGCGCUGGCACACUGGGCUCAGCCGCGCGUAUGCGUAUCAUUCUGGAGCCGCAAGCCAGCAACCAUUAUAAAAGGGGAACUGGGGCGACGCCACCGCGAGCGAGUACCCAACCAAUUCAAAACUAGAGAGCCGUAGCCGCUGAUUCCAGAGACAGCUCAGCGCUCGUCUUAUCGGCGUAACAAACCAGGCAACCAACCGCCCGUGGCCAUGGCGACGGCGUCGUGGGCGGACCUCCCUGCCGGCCUCAUCCUUCGCCUCGUCCCCCGCUUCCGUUGCCUCGCCGACCGCGUCCACAUGUCCUGCCUCAACAGGCACUGGCGCGCCGUCGUGAAGAAUGACGAGCAGGUGAAGCCCCGGCCGCCACCGCCGCAUCAGCUGCCGUGGCUCCUGCUCCCCUCCACCACCGACCCCUUCUUCUACACCACGAUCGGCGGCAAGAGAUACACCCUCCCCAAGCUCCCGCCCGACGUCCGCGCCGCGCGCUUCUGCGGCUCUUUCGACGGCGGUUGGCUCGCGCUCGCGCUCAGCCAGCCGCCUCACGCCCACGCGCUCUACAACCUCAACUCCGGGGUCCGCAUCGACCUCCCCCGCGUGAACCAGGAAGGGCACCCUGUGACGGUGAGCGUUGCCACCUUCUCGGCCACGCCAUCGCUCCCCCCUCCCGAGGCAUACCUCAUCUGCGCCAUCAUUGAGGACACCAAGCCCUGCGUCGCGUUCUGGCAGUAUCGGAUGGAGCACUGGCUUAUCGCUGGAUCUCCAGUCGGGGGCACAGGGGAGGAGCUGCAGGACGUCAUCUACUACAACGGCGGCUUCCAUGUCGUCACCUCGCGCGAGCGCGUGGUGGUGUACGUGCCAGAACUCGACCAGGGCGGCAAGCUCUUGCACGUGAACCCGACGUUCUACGACAUCCAGCAACGCCGGCAUUACAAGCGCGAUCUGGAGAGUCUCCGUGAGGGACAGAACAGGAUGGAUCACUACCUCAUGGAGUCCCGCGGCGAGUUGCUGAUGGCUGUGAGGUUACUGAGGUACAUGCACAUCAGAGACGACACGAAGAUUUUCCGGGUCUUCAGGCUCAACGCCGAGGAGCCGGCUGCCGACGACCAUCUUCCUCGCGCUUCCUGGGGGGAGUUUCGGUUUCAUCUCGAUGGCCGGAUGCUGUUCGUGGGGCACGGGUGCUCCAGGUCCUUCGAUGUCGCCGAUUUCCAUGGUUUUGCGGAUUCCAGGGUCUACUUCUUCGACGAUCGCUUCGCCACCGCGGAGCCGGUGAUGGGUGAGAUCCGGUACCAUCUUACCGACAUGGGCAGGUACUCCAUGGACCGCAUCAUCGUCGAGGUGUGGCCUCCGGAGGAUGAUGAGGACCAGCGGCUCCCAGAAGCGUCGGACCGCGCUCCUCCCAUCUGGUGGCUCCAUUGAUGAUGCGUAUUUGCACAAGGCAGCGUACGCUUUUCUCUCCCUCCUGACGUGAUUGUGCUGAGAUACAUUGUCGAUACAUUGUCACUUGUCAGUUUGAUGCAGUGUGAUGCUGAAAGCAGUAGAUAGUAGAUACUGCUUGGGAAUGAUACUCACAUGCUUGAGUCAGUUCAGUUCAGAGUUCUGAAACUGAAGCAAAUUGGCUGAACAUGUUGCCAGAAAUUUUCUAUGUUUGAUUUCUGCUAGUACUUUUUGUUAGAUCUCAUACUCUCGAGUCAGGUUGGUUAGUGAUGCUAUUGGUAGUGGGGAAUGGGGAUAGCACUUUGACACUGCAGUGACUUGCUGUGGGGAAUGGGGAUAGUACAUUUUUUCAUAUGCCCUUAGGUACUUUGUCAAAUACAGAAUUUUCAUCAGACACUCUGAUCUGAUUCAAAAUCCAAAGUUGUCGUUGUUUGUGAAAAAUAGGUUUCAGGCACAUCAUGGACUUCAAAUUUCUAUCGAUAAUUCAGUGAAAUUGUUUCAUUGUUUGUGGUUGUGUGAUAUAUUGGUCACUUUACUAUUCAUCCGUCUGAAUAGUUUUCUGUUGAAAAAAAAUAUUCUCCUUAUGAUGAGCACAAAUUGGAUGUGUGUGUGUGUGAUACAGUCAGCAGAGUGGAUGAAGGGUGGAUUACCAGCUAUUUAUUUUGCAAUUUUUAGUUGUCUGGACUCCAAAUUGGUUUGAAGGAGACCUAAUUGGACUUCUUUCUAUCUGAUUUUAGCUUGUUUAUUCGAGCUCUUAUUGAUGCUUAUGAACAGUGCCACAUGCUUCAGUUGAUUCGAACUAUGACCAUGCAACCAGUUUGAUUCUCAAGCUUGAGCAGUGCUAAGUAUUUGUUGUUUUAUAUAGCAAAUAUAUACAAGUUUUGUUGGAGGUGGAGAUUAAAUUUUCUGCUCUUGUACAGGAAAUAUGAUCAUAUUUCAUGGUUUUCGUGAAAGAUCAAGGGCAUAGUUGAGACUUGAGAUUAAGAUGUUGUCACAUACUACGUAUAUAAAAUUCAGAUAAUUCAAAAUAUGUAGAGCCAAAAUGCAGCCUCAUAAGCAUUGUCUUUAUUUUCGAGAACGUGUAAUGCACGUAAUAUGAAGAAGCUCAGAUGCAUUGUCUUAGGAAAAGUUUGUAGGAACAGAGUUAGUGCG